ACAUGACCGACGCCGAAGCGCAGGACGCGCCGCCGUCCGCCCCGCUGGAGGACAAGCCGCAGCCCGAGAGGAAAGUCAUCGCAACCGCAGUUCAAGGCACAGUGAAGUGGUUCAAUGUGCGGAACGGAUAUGGCUUCAUAAACAGGACUGACACCAAAGAAGAUGUUUUUGUUCAUCAGACGGCCAUCAAAAAGAACAAUCCCAGAAAGUUCCUCCGCAGCGUAGGAGACGGGGAGAUUGUCGAAUUCGACGUGAUCGAGGCAGCCAAGGGCUCGGAGGCGGCCAAUGUGACCGGCCCCGGCGGCGUUCCGGUCAAAGGCAGCCGCUACGCGCCCAACAAACGCCGCUUCCGCCGCCGGUUCUUCCCCCGCAGCCCUCGGCCCGGAGACCAGGGUCGACCGGCCGACGGCCAGGCGUCCGCCUCAGAGGCCGACGGCUCGGGGGAGAACGACGGCGCCAGGCCGCCACAGCGCCGUCGGAGGCCUCGCCGACCACAGCAGGAGGCUCAAGACGGUGAGGAAGGAGAGCAGAAGGACGGACUCGACCAAACACAGAGGCCGCCAAGACGCAGGUUCUGGCGCCCGUACCGCAGACCGUUCCGCCCUCGGCCGCCUCCUGACCAGGCGGCGGGUGACCAGCAAGCGGCUGCGCCGCCGCCUCAGGAGCAGGACGAGGCGAAGCAGACGGAGACAUCGGAGGCUCCCCAGACCAACGGAGAGGACGCCAAGGCCCGCAGACGCCGGCCGGCCAGACCGCGCAGGCAAAGGAACUCCGAGUCCUCCGUCUCGAAAAACGACACGGAGAAGUCCGCGUCAGAGCCUGGCACCCCGCCUCAGACCGCCAAAUCCACGCCGAAAUCCCCCAAACCCUCGCCUAGAACUGCCUCUCCUAAAACAGCACAGUCCUCCGAGCAGGCGGCGGCCCCGGCCCCAACAACAGUACCGGCACCAACACCAACAGAGUAA